UAUCCCCGAGGGACAAGGAUGAGACAAAUGACAGAUCACUUCCCAGGCACAUCAGUUAUUGCAGAGAGAAAAGACACCCAAUGAAAACAUACACAUGUCCUUCACCCCUCCCCUCAAAACACAACAGUAAUUAAGAUGCUCUUGGAAAGGGGUCUGGACAAUAUAAAAACAGCCUUUUCCCCUAACAAGCCACUCUGAGAGAAGAGGUGGACACUGAGGGACAUCUGAAUGAUCAGCAACAGAAUGGCGCCUAACAAAGUCUCUGGUUCCAUCUUCAUUGUCUCUAUGUUUGUCACUGUGGCUUCUGGAGGAGAAAACACCUGUCCAGAGCUGAAGGUUGUGGGCCUGAAUGACAAGGACAGACUGACCAUCCUUCAGGGCUGCCCAGGACACCCGGGGAUACCAGGUGCUCCUGGAGCUCCAGGCAUGAAGGGAGGAGAAGGCCCUCGAGGUGUGGCGGGAGAGCCAGGAGCAUUUGGGAAGAUUGGUCCAGCAGGAAGCAAAGGACAGAAGGGAGAACCAGGUGAUCAAAGAAGCAAAGGGGCUCGGAACUGUAAGGAGCUGCUGGACCAGGGGAACUACAUCAGCGGCUGGUACACAGUGAGGACAGUGGGAGACAAAGACAUCAGGGUGUUCUGUGACAUGGACACUGACGGGGGCGGCUGGCUUGUAUUCCAGAGAAGGAUGGAUGGGUCAGUUGAUUUUUUCAGAGACUGGGCCUCUUACAAGCGAGGGUUUGGUAACCAGCAGUCAGAGUUCUGGCUGGGGAACGACCACAUUCAUUCACUGACCAGCUCAGGGGAUUAUGAAUUAAGGAUAGACUUCAAGGAUUUUGACAAUGCGGCCACCUUUGCAAAAUACAGUAAUUUUCUGGUUACUGGGGAAUCGGAGAAUUACAAACUUCUGCUGGGGAAUUUUGAGGCUGGAAGUGCAGGUGAUUCCUUCACAUAUCAUAACAGCAUGCCCUUUUCAGCCAAGGAUCGGGACAAUGACAGCCAUGAUAACAGCUGCAGCACUAUGUUCAAGGGUGGCUGGUGGUAUGGGAAGUGUCACCAGGCCAAUCUCAAUGGUCUCUAUCUGGGAGGAAGCCAUGAAAGUCAUGCUAAUGGGAUCAACUGGUUGACUGGGAAAGGCCAAAAGUAUUCCUAUAAGUACUGCGAUAUGAAAAUAAGACCCCGCUGA